GGACGGGGCUUGUCUUUUAGCUGGCUGGAUGUGUUGACACGCAUCUCUGCUCCAUCUCCAUGAUUAAACCGGCAGCCUGGAGAGGAGUCGCAGCGGCGCGUGAAACAGCAGUAGAAGAAGAAGAAGAAGAAGAAGAAGAAGAAGAAGAAGAAGAAGGGGCAGAGGCAGUUUGGGGGAAUGAGAGCAAACCGAGCCGACGCAUCUUCAACAUGCAGCCGACUACCACCAGCAGCCGUCCAUUUUACACCAUUAUAUGAGCCCAUGAGCGCCAGUUUGUCUGUGUCUUGCAGACUGGCAGUGUGCAGAUCCGGCGAUGACAACAUAGGCCAACGCCUCGCUGCAGCUUCAUACAGGGAAUGAAAACACUCCCAAGAUGGUCCGCAUCGCCAAGGCCCUGGGUUUGGUUAUUCUGUGCGUCGCUGUGCUCAUCCUGUCGCUCAUCAGCUAUGUGUCCCUGAGAAAAGACAGCCUCUUCUCCUCCUCUAAAUAUUACAUGGGGGGCCCGAGGAUUAUGUUCCACGCGGGAUUUCGGUCUCAGUUUGCCAUGAACUUCCUGGACCCGUCCUUCAUCCCCUUAACAAAUGCCCUGAACGAGGAGCUCCAAGGAAAACCGUCCAAAUGGAAGUUCAACAAGACGGCAUUUUAUCAGCAGAGGAAAGAUAUCUUCAGCUACAUAGACAUUCCCACCAACUUCUCCCUCACAAAGAACAGCGUGCGUGUUGGCCAGCUGAUGCACUUUGAUUACUCCAGCCACAAGUACGUCUUCUCCAUCAGCAACAACUUAAAAUCCCUGCUUCCCGACACCUCUCCCAUCCACAACAAGCAUUACAGCAUGUGCGCCGUGGUGGGCAACAGCGGCAUCUUGACAGGAAGCCACUGCGGCCCAGAGAUCGACCAGGCCGACUUUGUCUUCCGCUGCAACUUUGCCCCCACGGAGGUCUACUCCAAGGACGUAGGCAAGAAGACCAACCUGACCACCUUCAACCCCAGCAUCCUGGAGAGGUACUACAAUAACCUGCUGACCAUCCAAGACAGGAAUAACUUCUUCCUCAACCUGAAGAAACUGGAGGGAGCCAUCCUGUGGAUCCCGGCCUUCUUCCUUCAUACCUCAGCCACAGUAACCAGGACCCUGGUGGACUUCUUUGUGGAGCACAAGGGACAGCUGAAGGUCGAACUGGCCUGGCCGGGAAACAUCAUGCACGAUGUCAACAAAUACUGGAAGACUAAAAACCUCUCCCCCAAACGUCUCAGCACUGGGAUCCUCAUGUACACGCUGGCUUCCGCCAUGUGCGACGAGAUCCACCUCUACGGCUUCUGGCCCUUCGGCUGGGACCCCAACACGGGCAAGGAUCUGCCUUACCACUACUACGACAAGAAAGGGACCAAAUUCACCACCAAGUGGCAGGAGACCCACCAGCUGCCCAGCGAGUUCAAGCUGCUCUACAAGCUGCACAGGGAGGGCGUGAUCAAACUCAGCCUGACGCACUGCUCUUAGAAACUCGAUGGACGGAUUUUAAGAGGUGACUCCAGAGACACGGAAACAUCCGCUCAGCUCAAACUUCUGUUGUGAUCCACACUGCAUGAUAAGUGUUAAGUCAAUUUCCGACACCCUCAUUCGACAAACACACACUCACAUCACGCUGUAAUUCCACAUGAAGAUGUCACAGACUUUUCACAGCGUUGUUACUCAUUUAUUUGGUAUAUUGUCGUCUUCAGCACUACACUGGUAGGACUUUUUACGCUGCUCAGUUGCUUCCAUUACUCUCCUUUGCAUGGCUGCUGGCCGUGGCUAAACAGCUCGAACAGCUAACUGGAGUCCGCAGAGGGAUUUCAACACAAGUAGUCAAAUCUUCCAGUUCUGCUGAACACAGUGCUGAUUGAUUAAUCGCCUUUUGCAACAGUAUACUGAUUCUGUACACUGAAAUCACUGCCUAAUCUCAGGGAAGGAGUUAGAUCAGUGUUUUUUGUAAUCAGAUUCAAUGCCUCAAGAGAGGUGCAGUUCCUGUUUUCAGGCCUUUUUUUCCCCCGUGAGGUGUCAGACAAUCUGCACUGCUCUGGAAGACGGUAUUUGUUUACAAGACUGUACUUGUGUGUCUUUUAUCCUCUGUAGACAGUGUGACUGUCCACUUCAAAUUUUGUUGAGAUUCUUCAAAUUUUUGGAAUAAUAAUUGACAUUCCAACAAUAAGCCAUAAAUUCACGGACAGAUUAUAGUGUGUUGGCACUAAAGUGCUGAAUUUUAGAAAGUGGUGUCAGCCUACAUUAGGUUCUGAAUGAACCGGCUCCAGAAAUCAAAACUGAUGAUGAACAAAGAGACAUCUCAACUAAUAAAACCAGAGGGUACCAGACUAUCUUAUGACCUUAAAUCGUGGCGCUAGCGUGGCGAAAAACAUCAGGAAAUACAACAUUUUGGACAGUUUCUUCAAUACCAAGAGCUAAUUCUGAGGUUUACCACAAUUUCAAUGAUAAAACGCAUACUUAAGAAGAAAAAACACUAUUUAUUAUAGAGCUUUUGACUAGGGGGAAGUUAUUUAGUCGUCAUGUAACCAUAUCAAUUCCGAUAUUUUUGACAUAAAAUAGAGAAAUGAAUGAAUGUUCUAUGCAUCUCGUAGAAAGAGCAUGAUCCAUUUAAAUGACAUUGCAUGUGAGGCACUAACAAAUCUUUUAGGCUAGUUUUAUACAACCUUUUUGAAGAUUGUUUUGAGGGUAAAAAUUUAGUUUUUUGCUAUUGUUUGUACUCCUGAUGGUGUUUUCCUUAAGAAUAUCACCAGUGUCUUUGUAUGAGAGACGUUUGAAGGCUUGAAAAAAAGAACCUAAUAUAUUCCACAUGGGACCAAACCUCUACAGAUCAACUUAAAAAGUGAACAAGCUUUAUUUUUUGUAACUGUAGAUAAUCUUGGGUUCUUAAAAACAGUGCACCGUGUCUUGCCAGACUGACGCAGACUGGGGGAUAUGGUGGGUUGAGAGCUGGCCACAUGACUCGCCUCAUGACUCUGCAACAUGUGCUCCUUGUUGCAAACUCUGGCUUAGGCUGAGGUUUAAUACACAAAGCAAUGCAGCCAUUCACACAUACUGGAUAGUGGUAUGUGCUUUUGUGCUCAUUCAGAUUUGGCGUGGUAGGCAUUUUAUCGCCACAGAGUCCAACACAAAACGUUUUUUGUCUCGUCUCCUUUAGGCAAGAUGAACAUUUUUUUGUGUCCCGUCUCCAAAUCACAGUGCAGUCACCACCAUGACAACACAUAUCUGAUGGAAACGUUUGAAUUCAGCAAUUUUAUGCCAUUUAAUUGAUGUCAUAGAUGUGUACAUUUAAGGAUAAUUUCUGUCGUCCCUCCAUUAGGAAUGUUUUGUUGGUACACCAAAGACCAUGUGUUCAGAGUAGAAAUCUUAGCUUGAUACAGAUUGUUUUUAGAAGCUACAUGACUUAACUAACUAAGUUUUAUUGCAUAAGAAAUUGAGUAUCUCUUUUUUGGUGUUGAAAUUGAUGUUGAAUAUCACUUUUGUGGCAGAAAAAUCAUUUAAAAGUUUUGUUUUGCUUUUGGUUUCAGCCAGUGUGGUGGAAUUUACUUGUGACUCCAUGAAUGUUCAUGUGUAGAUCAGUUUGUUUGAAAAAUCCACUGACAUGAAUGCAGGACUUUUUUUUAAGAUUUUCUUUUAAAGGGUA